UUCCCCUUAAUCGUUCCCAUCCAUUAAGCUUCGAGCCGGUUCACGCAAGUUCAACCUAAACAGCACCAUUAUGCCGUCCGCGUGUCGAUCCUUCCAUUCCCAUAUUUGAAACCCCACGGGUCGUCGCGCUGGAUGCACGACCCCAUCUUCCCCAGUCUCAGCCUGUCUGCUUCCUUGUCAACGCCAUCAUGGCACCGUGGGGCAGAUCGGUUGUCUUCAGCGAGGGUCUCCUGUCUUCCCCUGACAGCAGUACGCCGCAUUCAUGGAAUGCGGAAAUCCACCUGCUCAGGUCGGACCUAGGCCCGCUGCCCUACACCACCGUCUGGCUGGUCUCGGAGUUUCUGACCCUGGUAGCCCUGCUGGUUUUCCUUCCGGCGGCCUGCACCGCCAAACAGUCGUCCUGCGGUGCGACGGCGUCGUUUCCGUCCCUGGCCGUGAUCGCGUCCAUCGUAUCCUACAUCCUUUCACAAAUCCUCUCGGUCAUCCUCCUGCUGGUUGAAUUCCUAGAAGCCACCGUCAAGCAGAGCUACGUGGUCAUAGGCAUCCUGCAGAUGAUCUUUCGGCUCCUUGCGCUGCUGUUGCUCUUUUAUGCGCUGUACCGAGUCGUGCACGGAAUCCUCGAGCGCAUUGCAUUCCCGACUGGGCUUUUGGCUCUGGUUAGAAACGGCCACUGGGGCGUCCUGGGGAUAUGUUCUCUGCUGGUGAUCGCGAACUGUGCCGUACGGAUCGCGUCGAUCGUCAGGACUGUGGAGAGCUCCGAGGCCGGGGGUAUAGCAGCCCACGACGAGCGACUGACUACUUCUCGUGCGGUUCUUUUCAUGAUCAUGUCGUUGGAGAUCUUGCUCUGGGCUAUCUUCCCGGUGGUCAAAGUACCUGGCUCUGAAUUGCCGCACAGCAAAACCGGACUCGUCUCUCUCACCAUCUCCUGUCUCUCCUACCUCGUUCUCACCCUCACCUCCGCCAUCCGCACCAUCCGCUACAUGUACCUCCACGUCCCGCAACCAGGAUAUACCAACGCCGCCUGCGCAGUCGUGCAAUUCUUCAGCGUAGUGGGCAUCUACACCGGUCUGAUCAUGUUCUACCUGCAGUUGGAGAAAGACGAGACUGCCGCAAGACAGAGUCGUCUGCGUCAACGGAUGGAAACCAAACCAUAUAUCCCGUAUCGGCCUUCCAUCGGGGAGGUCCUGAGCCAGCCAGGCCAUUCUCCCAAGGUGUUUGGGACCGACGGGACUUGGGUAGGGAGUUCGGAUGAGGCGUUCAUGUCGGGGGGGAGAUAGUAGGUUUGGGCCUCGGCUUUUUUUUGUUAAUGUGCCAUAUACCCUAUCGAUAUCAUUCUACCUUUUCGCAAUGAGA